CAAGAUGUAGCGCGAAGCACAGUGUGAAGGAUUAGAUUCUCUGCUUUUAUUUCACACACGACACUCUGACUGGGUUUGGGUUAUGCUCCUCCCACCCCCGGAGCAGCGCGGUGCAGGCGGCCCUGCCAAGUCAGUUUGAAAAGAUCAGACAAAGGCAGCAGGAAGCCCCUCGGCUUGGCAAUGCGUGCGUGCGAGCGAGCGGAGCGCCAACGCCGAGCGAAAGCUCACUUUAUUUUCUGAACCGACGCUCAUACAGCGCGUAAAUCUUCACCCACUUUCGGCUUUCGAGGCAGUUCUGAAGAUCUUUAGAGGGGGAGAAAAUGUACGAGCGCCUGGAUCCUCGCGCAGAGCGGAGACGGUUAUCUCAGCACAAAAUGGGCAGCGUCGCGUGACCGCGCGCGAGCGUUUCCCCUCCGUUUUACUGCCGGUUUGUGCUGGAAAGCAGCUUUUUCUCCCCCUCCGGGCUUUUGCACACCUCCUGCGCCUGUCCCAGGAGCUGAUCGAUGUAGAAAAGCAACGCAGCCGGAGAUUCGGAGGAUCCUCUAUCACUAUUAUUAUUAUUAUUAUUAAUAUUAUUAUUAUUAUUCCCUGCUUCAGUAAAAGGGGGAAGUGAACUUGUGGCUAGAGAUCUUUUACGCGCAUGUUAAGAUGGAGACGCACGUCUCGUGCCUCUUCCCAGAGAUUUUAGCCAUGAUCUUCAGUUACUUGGACGUGAGGGACAAAGGCCGGGUGGCCCAAGUGUGCACAGCGUGGAGAGACGCGUCCUACCACAAGUCGGUGUGGAGGGGGGUGGAAGCCAAGCUGCAUCUCAGGAGGGCCAACCCGUCCCUGUUCCCCAGCCUUCAGGCCCGGGGCAUCCGGAGGGUGCAGAUCCUCAGCCUGAGGCGCAGCCUGAGCUAUGUGAUCCAGGGCAUGCCCAACAUCGAGAGCCUGAACCUGAGCGGCUGCUACAACCUGACUGACAACGGCCUGGGGCAUGCUUUCGUCCAGGAGAUCUCCUCCUUGCGUGUUCUCAACCUGAGCCUGUGCAAGCAGAUUACGGACUCCAGCCUGGGCAGGAUAGCUCAGUACCUGAAGAACUUGGAGGUGCUGGAGCUGGGUGGCUGCAGCAACAUCACAAAUACUGGCUUGCUGCUGAUCGCGUGGGGCUUGCACAGGCUCAAGAGCCUCAACCUGAGAAGCUGCAGGCACGUCUCCGACGUGGGCAUCGGCCACCUGGCAGGCAUGACCAGAAGCGCCGCUGAGGGAUGCCUCAGCCUGGAGUACCUCACGCUUCAGGACUGCCAGAAGCUCACAGACCUGUCUCUCAAGCACAUCUCCAAAGGCCUGGCCAGGCUCAAAGUUCUCAACCUGAGCUUCUGCGGGGGCAUCUCGGACGCCGGCAUGAUCCAUCUGUCCCACAUGACCAGCCUGUGGAGUCUUAACCUGCGCUCGUGUGACAACAUCAGCGACACGGGCAUCAUGCAUCUCGCCAUGGGGACGCUACGACUUUCUGGCUUGGAUGUGUCUUUCUGCGACAAGAUCGGCGACCAGAGCCUGGCGUACGUAGCCCAGGGCCUGUACCAGCUCAAGUCCCUGUCGCUGUGCUCGUGCCACAUAAGCGAUGAUGGCAUCAACCGGAUGGUGCGCCAGAUGCAUGAGUUGAGGACCCUGAACAUUGGCCAAUGUGUGCGGAUUACAGACAAAGGCCUGGAGCUCAUAGCGGACCAUCUGACCCAGCUGACCGGCAUUGAUUUGUAUGGAUGUACAAAAAUUACUAAGAGGGGACUGGAGAGGAUAACACAGCUCCCCUGCCUUAAAGUUUUGAACCUGGGCCUUUGGCAGAUGACUGAAAGUGAAAAAGUGCGGUAAAACUUGGGUGAGAUUGUGCAGGGGAGGGGGAGGGGUGUGACGUGGGCGGGGAAUUUACAUUAUUCUAAAGAGGGGGGUGAAUACAGCGUGGAUUAAAGCGAUUCAAAUUUAUUCGUCUGGGAAGAAAAUAUGAACAGUAUUUCAUCUGGCAUUUUAUUAACCCAUUGUAUCAGUCAGAGUGUGAUGUGCAACACUUAAAAAAAAAAGUUUUAAUCUCUAACCGGUUGCAAUACUAGCCUAAAUCGUGUCCUUCCCUACUAAAUGUCGCGCCUAAAACAUUUCGGCUACCUCGUACCUGUGUUUUAACUUGUAUCCUUAAAUUAAAAAGGUGGAUAUGGAGAUAAAGUGUGCCUAGGAAGCAACCCCCCUCCCCCAUCUCAUUUCUCGCCUGAGAAUAGCAUAAAAAAAGGAAAAGGAAAAAAAAGCAGAAUGGCUUAACUACCUUUGUUAAUUUUUGCCUGAAAUGACCAACAAAAGACUGAAAUGAAGCGACGGAGAGUCGAAGAGUCAAAGCACAGAUUGUUUUUAGCUCGGACUGAAAUGAGUUUAUGCAAAGACGGAUGAAUACUGGUUUGUAUACAAAGAGCUUUUUUAUAUAUAUAUAUUUUUCAUCUUGUUUAGUUUUGGAUUUAAGGCCUUGCAAAAGCCUUUUUGAUUCAAGCUUUGAAUAAGAGGUCCGCUCUGCUGAUGUAUUCAUGCUUAUGUAAGCAGAUAUUGUUUAAUUAAUGAAUUAACGGCUGUUAUUCAGAGCAUUGUACUUCAGAGCAUUGUACUUCAAAUUGAAGUGAAUUUUUUUUUGGAACAGAAGAAAUAUCCGCGUCAGUAGCUAAUUCUACAGUCUCAUUCACCUUGUUAUUAUUAUUAUUAUUAUUUUUUUUUUUUGCUUCCUCAAUAGCCUAGAGGUCACACACCAAAAUUAUAGCAUACAUUAUUUUGUCCUUAUUUUAAACGAGCUAAUGUUUAAAAUUUACCUAGAAGGACGUUAUUAAACAGAAAUGGUUUUUUUUUGUCCCUAUUUCGGGUAAGAAGCAUCGCGUAUCAGGCCUGUGUGAUAUGAUAUGAUGUACUGAGUCCUGCUGAAAAGCUACUGUGUUUUAAAUGUACUGUAUGUAUUUGUAAAGAAAAAGAGAAAAGAAAUCUCAAAUUGUUUUAUAUUCUUACAGUAAACAUUAAAGUUGAUAUUUAUAUAAUUAAAAAAGGACCACUUGGUAGAUUUAUCUUGGCAGAAUUUGUUUUAGGAGGGUUUAAGGAUUGAUUAAUUAAUUAAUAAUAAAUAAUACAGCAGGCUUCAGCAUAUAUACAGUGGCAUGU